CGGGGUCCCAACAUGGCGGCCCCCACGAGUCGCGGGCUUCGCUUCCUGCUCGUGCUGCUGGGCCUGGUCCGGGCGGCGUGGGGCGGCGUGGGCUCGGGGGCCUCCCGCGACGACGACCUGCUGUCGCCCUACCCCCGCGCGCGCGCGCGCCCGCCCCGGGACUGCGCACGGGUGCGCGCCGGCCCCCGCGCGCACGAGAGCUGGGCGCCGGCCCCCGCGGCCCCCGCCGCCCCCGGCGCCGCCGUGCGCGCCUUCGUGUCGCACUUCGGGGGCCGCGCGGUGGCCGGACACCUGACGCGGGUGCCCGCGCCCCGGCGCGCCGUGUCCGUGCUGGAGCCCGGCGGGCCCGGGGGCUGCGCGCAGCGGCGGCGCGCCACCGUGGAGGAGACGGCGCGGGCGGCCGGCUGCCGGGUGGCCCAGAACGGCGGCUUCUUCCGCCUGGCUUCGGGCGAGUGCCUGGGGAACGUGGUGAGCGACGGGCGGCGCGCCAGCAGCUCCGGGGGGCUGCAGAACGCGCAGUUCGGGAUCCGCCGCGACGGGACCCUGGUCACCGGGUACCUGUCUGAAGAGGAGGCACUAGACACCAACAAUCCAUUCGAGCAGCUGCUCAGCGGGGUCGUGUGGCUGAUUCGAAAUGGAAGCAUCUACAUCAACGAGAGCCAGGCCGCCGAGUGCGACGAGACACAGGAGACAGGUUCCUUUAGCAAAUUUGUGAAUGUGAUGUCGGCCAGGACAGCCAUAGGCCACGACCGCCAGGGACAGCUGGUGCUCUUUCACGUGGAUGGACAGACGGAGCAGCGUGGCCUCAGCCUGUGGGAGGUGGCCGAGUUCCUGCUGCAGCAGGACGUGGUCAACGCCAUCAACCUGGAUGGCGGUGGCUCCGCCACCUUCGUGCUCAAUGGGACCCUGGCCAGCUACCCGUCAGAUCACUGCCAGGACAGCAGGUGGCGCUGUCCCCGCCGCGUGUCCACCGUGGUCUGCGUGCAUGAGCCCCGCUGCCAGCCGCCCGACUGCAGCGGCCACGGGACCUGCGUGGACGGCCACUGCCAGUGCACCGGGAAGUUCUGGCGCGGUGCAGCCUGCAGCGAGCUGGACUGUGGCCCCUCCAACUGCAGCGGGCACGGGCUGUGCACCGACACCGGCUGCCGCUGUGACGCAGGCUGGACUGGGCCCAGCUGCAGCGAAGAGUGUCCCCUGGGCUGGUACGGGCCUGGCUGCCAGAGGCCUUGCCAGUGUGAGCACCAGUGCCCCUGCGAUCCCCAGACUGGCAACUGCAGCACUUCCCAAGUGAAGCAGUGUCUCCAGCCCUCCGAGGCCACCCCGCAGGCAGCAGAGCUCUCGUUCUUCAGCAGGACCACGUGGCUAGCCCUCACCCUGGGCCUGGUUUUCCUGCUGCUGGUCAGCGUGUCGGCCAACGUGUCCCUGCUCCUGGGCUCCAGAUCCAAGAGGACCCGGCACGUGGACGGGGACUACGUGUACCACCCGCUGCAGGAGGUGGGCGGGGAGUCCCUGGCACCCGAGAAGGAGCAGCCUGGCGACAGCCACGACCCCUUCAAGGACUGACGGCCCCGCCUGCCUGGCGAGACGCCGGGCAGCCUCGGCCCCUCACCUGACCCCAGCAAUGCAGAGCCUGAGACCACGCCUGCUUCGUGCCUGACCGCCUGAGCUGCCCAGGGCCUGGCCCCAGGAGGGCCUGCGCCAUUGCCAAAGAAUCCCCAGAGGCCAUCAGUGACCAGGCCAGGUCAGAACACCUGUCCACAUUGCUCACUGUGGGCUUGCUGGCCAGGACCUGGUGUCUCGUCACAAGCUCCUAGAAGAAGGCAUGGGAAGAGCUGGGGUCGUGUUUACAGGUGGAUUCCGUGGUCCGCAGCCCUCUGCCUAGAGCUGCACUGAAGGAGCCACCAGGGGGCGUCGGUGAGGCCUGGCUGGGAGGACGCCAGGCUUUGGCAGGUGACCAGCUCACCUGUGCUCUCAGACCUGCUGUGCCCACGCCGCCCCCGAGCCUUCCCCACGUCCCUGUCCUCUGCUGUGCUGGCAGGGACUGGACAUCGGCACCGCGGUUCUCUGCUGUCUUUGCCUGCCCAGCACCUGCUGCUCCCUCUUCUUGGUAUUUAUUUGUUCUGGCAAGAUCUCACCAGUCUGGCUUCAACCUCC